UAUCGCGUGUUUGAGAAGAAGUACUUCGUGGACGUGCCAAAGGGGUACGACUGUAUUAAAUGUUGCGGUAGGUAUCAGCCCGACGUCAAUAAAUGCAAACUCGUGGGCUCAGGCGUUGUAGUGCCGACCGGGAAGACUGUAUACGACGAGACACUGGAAGACAAGACCAAUUUCGAUAUC